AUGAAUGAAACCCCGCGACUGCGGUCGGCCUUCCCUUCCACCCCCCAAGCCGAACAUCGAUUCCGAAAUACCCAUGACAGCAAUGGUCGACCCAUUUUGGGCUCGCCUCGCACUUCCUUCUCACAAAGACCCUCUCCAAUAACGCGACCGGCCAAAGUACCGGCGGAUGCGACGUCCAAUGGCGCUCCCGUCAUACCAACCGAAAUUGUCGAUGCGCCUUCACAGAGACUUUAUAUCCUGACAUUUUAUGUGGGGUUGACGGCGUGGAGGCUGUACAAUUCAUACAAUGUUGAAAAUGAUCUCGACUCAACAUGGCUGUUCCUUAAGUGGGUUGGAAUUGAUGCCGCAUUUUUCGUGGCUUUACCAGCCUUCAGAAUACCCUGGCUUGAAUGGUCUUUCGCCACAACAUUAACAUUAUGGCUUCUCCAUGCGGUUGCGAAUGUCUUCUUGAUGUACAGGAUUCCUAUCCCGGUGAUGUCGUGGUUGGGAGCUCUCGUCAAAGUGGCAUACGAUCGAGAACUUUCCAUCUCCGAACAUCGCGUCAAACCAGCCGAUAUCCUUCACAACAGCUCCAUCAUCCUGGGAAAACAGAUCAUUCACAUUCUACCAGAGGGAUCAGCCAUUCUCAAUCCCGAGAAAAAGGCGUUUUGUCUCGGUCCAUCAAUCUCUGCCGUCGAACUACCGAUCCAAAUCAAUCAAACCACGCCCAUCUCGGUUGAACUCCGGAGAUUCGACCUUGAUACGGAUGAGGUCGAAACCAUCGUCAUUGGCAGCAAGCAAGCCAAACAACUGAAGAAACGUGCCGAGAGUGGCUUUCCAAAGCCCGACACAAACAUGCCUCGGACUCUGCUGUAUCCCGUAUCGAAGAAAGGGCUCUAUCAAUUGCAUCGUGUUGUGGACACGACCAAACUGGAAGUCAGAAAGCGAAGUUUUGACGUUGCCGUGGUACAAUGUCCCAGGGCAUCGGUCGCCGCGGAGUCGGUGGACCGAUGUACGGGAGAGCUGAGUCAUGUAUCAUUACAAGUCUCCGGCGUUCCUCCUUUCCAAGUCAAAUACAGCAAAACGGUCAAUCAAAAGCAAUUCAGCUCGAUCGUUCAAAACGUUCAGCCACGCGGGGAUUCUGGCUACGUGACUGCCGAUGACGCUGAUGGCGUUGUUCUCGAUCCCCCCCACCCCCCCCGGGGCUGGACCAAAUCGACGACCGAGUCUUUUCAGAUCAACGAAUCACUUCAUCAGAAUGGAAGUCACUCGUACGCGGUCGAAGAAGUGGAAGAUGGCCUCGGCAACAAAGUCGUCUACGACGCUACCAACCCCAAGGAUGUUCAUGCUCCCCGAGUCCAGAGUCUCACCGUUCACAAUCGGCCCCAACUUAGUCUGGUCGGAUGCAACUCCGAUCGCCUGAUUCCUGUGCCCAAGGGUAUCUCUAUCAAUCUCCCUGUUCGUGUUCGUCCGGUGGAUCGGUUGCAUCCCUCCGACUGGCCGUUGAAGUUGAAAUAUAGUUUCGUCCCGGAGACGGAACAAGAGAUUCCUCCGUUGGAAGAAUAUACCCAUGAGAUGACGAACGAUCGGUCGGGACCUCGAAUCAGCAAAGCCGGAAAGUACACCGUCGACUCAAUCGACAGCCAGUAUUGUCACGGAGAAAUUGUUGAGCCAUCAUCCUGCCUAUUAUACAAUCCUCCCGAGCCCAGUCUGACCAUGGAAUCCGAAGAUAUCUUUGACAAAUGUGCCGGAAACCCCAUUGGCAUGUACGUCAAUCUCGACUUUACGGGGACUCCACCGUUCAAGGUGAGAUAUACGGUCACCCAUCAGGGCACCGCCGAUCCCAAGGUACGAGAAUUUUCGGGCAUGCGUGGCCAGAUCGAGUUGCGAGAGAGAUCAGCUGGCUCUUACAUCUACACCAUUCUUGAGAUCGAAGAUGAUGUUUAUGGCCCCAUCUCCCUGUAUGACAAGAACUUGAUUUUGAAACAAGAUAUCAAACCGCCUGCGUCGGCCGUCUUUCACGGUGAGAACCGUGUCAUCAAAGCAUGCCUGGGGCAACCGGUUUCUGUGCCAGUGAGACUUCUCGGCCAAGGACCGUGGGAUUUGGAAUAUGAACUGGUGCAUGGUGGCAAGAGAAAGAAGCAUAGUGUCCACUCGGAAGAAGAACGUCAUACGAUUGAGCUUCCCGCAAUGUCUGAAGGAGGAACGUACUCGGUCAUCUUGACCGGAGUGCAAGACAAAUCCCGCUGUCGUACCACAUUGAAAGAGCAACGGCAGAUUGAAGUGAGACCCGAACAGCCACGGGCGGCAUUCGGCGACAUUGAGGGGAAACGAUCGAUUCUGGCAUUAGACGGAAAGUCUGUCAAAUUGCCCUUGCGACUGAAGGGGUCAGCACCGUGGGCGGUCCGACUACGAAAUCGAGACCACGCUUCAGACUCCAGUGAACAAAUAUUCAAAGAUGCCAACGCGGUGUUUUCAGUCGAUCAACCGGGGACUUACGAAAUUGUUUCGGUGCACGAUAGCUGCCCCGGUGUGGUGGACCCCAAGGCCAGUAAAUUCCAAGUGAGCUGGAUACCACGACCGGCCUUGUCUGUUAAAGAUUCAUCGGUCGAGGACGACCGUGGCAAUGGCCUCCGGAAACCUGCAGUUUGUCAGGGUGACGAAUCAGUUCUGGCAUUGAGUCUCAGCGGCAGUCCACCUUUCCAUUUGAAGUAUCAGCAAAAGUGUGAACCGGUGAAAGGUCCGGCUGCGAUCAUCAACAAGCCUAGCAGCUUUGCGGGAAGCAACGCCUUGAUCAAUCUUGACACCAGCAAGGCUGGAGAGUACACCUAUGUCUUUUCCGAACUGGGUGACGACCGCUAUUCUCACGACCAAAAGCGGUUCACCCCCACCGUUGUCAAGCAACAAGUAUAUGCUCCGCCCUCAGCGAAGUUCACUCAGGCAGGGAAGACCUACGGCCACUGCAAGGACGAUCCAAGCUUUACGUCGAGCGUUCAGGCGGAGACCGAAAACAUCCCCAUUACUUUUACGGGAACACCGCCAUUCAGCAUUGAGAUCGCCAUUACUCAUCAUGGCGUCCCAACUCGUCCUGAGAUCAUCCGCCAAAAGGACAUCUACACGAAUACAUAUGCCUGGCCUCUCUCUAGAGCCACUCUCGACCUAGGCACUCACGGCGUCUCGAUCCGCUCCGUCAAAGACGGUCGAGGCUGCGAAACCAUUCUUGAAUCUGACCCGUCCUCCGUCCGCAUCUAUGUGUACUCCCCCCCCACCAUCAUCCCCCUCGAAUCUCAAGAACACUAUUGCGUCGGCGAGCACGUCUCGUUUACACUCAGCGGCCAAGCCCCCUUCGACGUCUUCUACAACUUCCAAAACCGCGAACGCAAAGCUCGUGUUUCGAGUACCGAAUUCAAACGCCUUGCCGAGUCUCCUGGCGACUUUGUCAUCACCGGUGUCAGUGAUAGGGCUAUGGGCAAUAACAAAUGUCGCGCCAGAAAGGAGAUCAAAAAGACCAUCCAUCCAUAUCCCACGGUGGAAAUUGGGCGCGGUAAGACUGUGAUCAGUGACAUCCACGAGGGAGGCGAAGUUGAUAUACUUUUCACUUUCACCGGGACGCCACCCUUUGAAUUCACGUACACUCGAUCCGAAAAUGUCAAGAAAGGCCGCAAACCGCCCAAGAUCCUCGAGACACGCCACGACACGUCGAAUGAGUUCAGCAAAAUGAUUCGCGCCAGUGACGAGGGCAUCUACGAAGUCGUCUCCAUCAAGGAUCGUUUCUGCUCGUACACCAAACCUAGCCACAAGAACGGUGGCGGGGUGGGUGGACAGAAACGCUUAACAUACUGA